AUGGGCUUUCUAACUUCGCGGGAGCUGGAGUCAGGCUCACGACAGGCGUCUGUCUUUGGCGUUGGGGGUGCUUUUGUUGCUUUCAUCUCAGCAGUCAUUGCGGCUCGAGUCUAUGUGCGAGUGGUGAUGCUCCACGCGCUGGGAACUGAUGAUGUCCUGAUGGUUAUUGGCUCGAUUCUGGGGUUUGGCCUAACUGCAGCGUCCAUGGCCGCCGCCUACUAUGGAGUCGGAAGGCACGCUGUCGAUAUCCCCGACGAAAACAUGGUGCCAAUGCUGAAGAGCAUCUACUCCACGCGAAUCGUCUACGUGCUCUCUCUCGGAUUUGUCAAGGUGUCGCUGCUCAUUUUCUACCUCCGUCUAGACCAUCGUCCGUACAUGAAAUGGGUCGUGUACGCCCUCCAGUUCGUCGUUGUCGGAUUGACCAUUGCCAGUGUCUUCAUCCUGGCCUUCUCCUGCUUCCCACCGGCCAAGUUCUGGGAUUUGACUGGAGAGGCCGAGGGUAAAUGCAUGGACCCCAAUUCACAGCAGGUCUUUUACGAGGCAAACGGGAUUCUUAAUAUCAUCACCGACAUCUGCAUUUACCUCGCCCCCAUCCCGAUGCUCUGGGGUGUGCGCAUUUCCAGGAGACGCAAAGGAGCCCUGUUUGGAGUAUUCGGCCUCGGUAUUCUGUCUAUUGCGGCUGGCUGCGUUCGAUAUGAUUUUGUGAAGAAGCUGGCCCAUAAUCCGGACCAAUACUACACUCUGGCAGAUUCGCUAAACUGGUGCAGUAUCGAGAUAUACGUUGCGGUCUUCUGUGGAUCUGCCCCCGCGCUAUCAGUUCUAGUCAAGACAUAUGCACCGGCACUUCUGGGAUCCAGCGGUCCCACAGGCAACAGUCAUGGCCAUCCCUCUGGCCCUGGUGGAUCGUAUCGAUUCAGCUCACGGCCCACCAACCGGCGCCGGUUGUCAGAUACGAUUGACUUGAAUGGGAGCCAGGACAAUAUUAUAUUAGGGGAAGGCCGAUCAGAGGGGAUCCUGAUGAAAACGGACAUUCAUAUGGAGGUUAAUGAUGCCGAUUCGACGCACCACAACCGCCAGGAUCAUUUCAGGUUUGGGAAAUAA